AUGGACCUCAUUAAAAAGUGUCACUAUUUUAAGUUUUUUGGUAUUACUUACACUUCAGAGUGGCUUUGUGAGUUGUGGGAUUCUUGCAGUGUCACUGAAAACUUUGCUGAGGUAGGAGGUUUGGAUGCCUGUUGUAUAUGUGGAACUCUAAAUUCAGAUAAUAUUAAACUAAAUAUGAAGCUAAUGAAUGCAAAGAUAUACUUUGAUUCUAGAGAAUACAGAAGAGUAAUAGCUGUACUAAGUAAUUUUAAAGAUACUGAUGAUUGUGCUGAAACCAUAUUCUUUAGAAGUUACGCUGCACUACUUUCAUUAGAGAAACCUUUGUUGAAUAUAUCUAAUUUAGAACAAUGGACUGUAACACAACCUGAAUCUCAAAUUAUGGAGACUAGAAUAUCGGAAAUUGAGGCAAGUAUUUCUAACUAUCUUGCAAAACAGGACAAGAUGUUUAAGAAGACUAAGUGUAACUCUAUGCAUGGGUUACUUCAAUGGUUACUUAGUAUUGCAGUUUAUAGACAGAAUAGGUAUACAGAUGCCUAUUAUACUCAGAUUGCUUCACUAUGGAAUGAACCUUUGAAUUGGAGUUGCUGGGUUGAUUUGAUAAAUAAUUUGGUAUCUCAUGGCAACUCUAAAAUUAAAACGCCUAUUAAUGAUAGUGAAAAUUCCUCUAACUAUAAUAUAUCAUUUGAUUAUUUAAAAUGGUACAAUACGGAUAACUAUAGUAUGCAAUUUGCAGAUGCUCAUAAGCAAAUAUAUACUCAUAAACAGUUUAAUGACCAGUCGUAUAGUGAUUUUAGCGAAUCUUUGGGUAUCCCAUCUCAUUGGUGUGGUCGUUUUGCUUUUGCUCUAUAUCUUAGUUUAGUUGGAAGAUGGAAGGACUCCCUUGAAGAGUAUACAUUACUGCUGCAGAUAUUCCCAAAUAGUGCAUAUAUAUUAAGUCAAUUGGCUAAAUGUCACUAUGAAUUAGGUAAAAUUGACCAAGCAAUAUCUCUUUUUAACAAAAUUUCAAAUAUGCAUCCUUAUUAUCUACGUUCUGUGGUAGAGAUGGCAACAAUACUAGCACAAAGGAAUGAUAUUGAUGAAUUAAGUAUUCUCGCCCGCAAAUGUUCAAACCUAGCAAAGUAUUCACCAGAAACCUCUAUAGUAAUGGGAAUAUAUCAUUGGUCAACAAAUGAUCGUCACAAAGCUUUAAAGUUUUACAAGAGAGCACUAGUUUUGAAUAGCCAAUCAAGCUCUGCUUGGAUAUUAUGCGGCUAUGCGCUGCACGAAUUAAACAACAUACGUGGAUCUCUUUAUGCAUAUAAAACUGCAAUCGCAUUAAGUCCAACAAAUACCACUGCCCUUUAUGGAAUUGCAGAAAUAUACUCAAAAUUAAAUAUGCCAAUGCAUGCUAUUCGUUUUUAUGAAAAAUCAAUUGCUCAGUCACCGGAAGAUUCACAUCUGUGGUCACAAUUAGGACAAAUUUUUGAAAAAAUCAAUAGAAUUGAAGAUGCUACAAGGUGUGUCUACAAAGCAUUUAUCUGUGAGAUAGCUAAGGAUCCAAAGAGUGAAUCUACAAUAAGAUAUAUGGGGAAAUUACUGAAAUUAGAAGCAGAACAGUGGCAUAAUGAGGAGGCUUCUGCAUGGGCGAAUAAAAUUAUACAAACUGCUAUUGAGCAUGGAUAUAUUGAGAAUAUUUGCAACACUGAAUUAUCAAAAAUAAGUAAAGACGUGAAUUCCCCUGAAACUGAAGAUCAGGAUGAAAAACCCUGCUUGCGAAGUGAUUGCAACUUAGAAUCAUCUCUAGACUGGGAAAACCUACGCUGGUCAGUUCACAUUAUUCCUCAAAAGCUACCAACAGACAUAAUUGCAGCGCUUGAAUGGUUGGUUCAGCUGUAUUCAGACUCUAAUCAAACAAAAGAUUGUACUACUAUCAUUAACCUGCUUACUCAAAUAAAAGAAUCCCUCAAAAAGAGUCUCCCUUUAAAUGUAGAUAAAGAUGUAUCAGUGAAGAUACGGCAGUGA